CUUGCGUCCAUGUAUGGACCAUUCUGAUAGUGAUACCAAACAGUAGAGUGUUUUUGUGUAGAAAAUUAUCAACGAAUUGUAAUGAUGUCAUGCGCGGAGUGUCUCUCGCUGGGUCCGCCGCCGGACUCGAUAGUGCACAUGCCGCCGCCGCCGCUGCCGUCGUUCCUGGUGGAGCUGGCCCCCUGUCGCGCGCCGUGCCCGCAGGAGGACGUGUUCCCGGGUGUCGAGUAUCAUGAGCUGCCGCGACAUGAACCGGCGGCGACGGACGACACGUGGUUUCUGGUGCUGAUCACGUGCUGCGUGGCCGUGCUGUGCAUCGCCGCGCUGCUCGCGCUCUUUCUGCUCAAGUGCCGAGAAGCGCGCGGCGGCUGCAAGAGCGCCACGGGCAAGGCUGGUGGCUCCAACGCUCUGUACGGCAGCGCGGCCCUCGACUCCCGCGUUCUAUGGGCAGCAUUGACCCCUCGCGGCACGCGCCACUUCGUCGCCGACACUUACCCGCACGACGAGACCGACGACCACCACUACGAGUGCGUCGAGCCGCCGCUGUACAAGCUCGCGCCGCCCGACGACAUCACUCGACACUUCGUCGAGUACGAGGAUCCCGCGCCCCUCAUAGAAAGCUAUUCCGACCGCACCGAGGACUAUUUCCGGAACCUCGAGACGCUUCGCCGCGGGAACCGACCGCUCGUCUCGUCUCCGACGAGGAUCGAACGACCGAAUCUACCGCCGCUGAAUCUCCAGCCGCGCACGCUUCGUCGGACGCAGCACUCUCGUCGGAUCAGUGAUGCGAACAACGCGGAGAAGGCGGCCAUCUGAACCGAGGGCGGCGCGGUGUUCUCCGUCGCCGACACUGCCGACGUCGACUGGAGCGACACAGUCGACAGACUCGUCUGAGGAGUGAGGACCAUGCGCAAUACCCCGUACAAAUUUUAAUUCAGCCUCAACGUUCGCACUCAAGACACUGCCGCGAAUCGAACAUUAUAUAACUGUAAUUAAUUUAAAAUUUUGACAUGAGCCUCAUACAUUAUCUGUCUCU